AUGCGCAAAAAGCCAAAAGAAGGAAAAAGCGACUUCGAGAUUGGAAAAAAAACUUCCGGUCGACAACGCGCAAAUCCUCACCAUAAGAAUUCUUUCAAGUAUUCUUCUGGAAGACUGUUCUCAUCAUGUCUAAAAUCACAGUCGCAGCUCCUGGACUACUCUCACAAUGAGAAGAAGAGAAACUUCGUUGAGACCGUCGAGCUCCAGAUCGGCUUGAAGAACUAUGACCCUCAACGUGACAAGCGUUUCUCCGGCACUAUCAAGCUGCCAACCGUCCCUCGCCCAAGAAUGAGCAUCUGUGUUCUUGGUGACCAGCACGAUAUCGACCGUGCUAAGCAUCUCGGCGUCGAUGCCAUGUCCUCCGAUGACCUGAAGAAGCUCAACAAGAACAAGAAGCUCAUUAAGAAGCUCGCUCGCAAGUACGAUGCUUUCCUUGCUUCCGACGCCCUUGUCCGACAGAUUCCUCGUCUCUUGGGUCCCGGUCUCUCCAAGGGUGAGUACUCCCAUAUUAGAAUCUUCAGGUAUGAAGACAGGUCGACUAACUUGACAAUAGCUGGUAAAUUCCCUACCCCCGUCUCCCACAACGAGGAUCUCUCCAACAAGAUGAACGACGUCAAGUCCACCAUCAAGUUCCAGCUUAAGAAGGAGCUUUGCUUGGGUGUUGCCGUCGGCAACGUUGGUAUGACUGAGGAUGAGCUUAUUGCUAAUAUCAUGUUGGCUAUCAACUACCUCGUCUCCCUGCUCAAGAAGGGCUGGCAGAACGUUGGAAGUCUUACUAUCAAGGCUUCCAUGUCCCCACCAAAGAGAGUGUACUAA